AUGUUGAGAACAAUUCAAAGCAGACGUCUCAUUCGGCCCUUCACAAAGUUCGCGACCAACAGGUUUCGCUGUUUAGCUACUGUGGCCCAGGAUGUCGAGAAUGCCUAUGAUGUGGUUAUUAUUGGCGGUGGUGUAGCAGGUGCCACGCUGGCCUGCUCUCUUGCCUCUCGUCCAUCCAUGCGUCAACACCGUAUUGCAUUAGUCGAAGCCAUGGACCUGACAAGCGUCAAGCAAUGGGAACCCAAAGCUGACAAUUACUCGAAUCGUGUCGUCUCUUUGACACCUGGUUCAAUGGGGUUCUUUUCAAAGAUUGGCAUGACAAAGCAUAUGGCGCUGGACAGAACAAACGGCUACAGAGACAUGCAAGUGUGGGACGGUGUGACAGAUGCUCGCAUUCAUCUGGAUUCUGCAUUACUGAAGAGCUACAAUGUCAACAACACCAUGGAUGAAAACACAAUUGCAUAUAUCGUGGAAAAUGUCAAUGUCCAAAGUGCCGCUUUAAAAAGACUGGAUGAAUGUCGUGCUGAAGGAUCUCAUAUUGACUUUAUUCAAAAGGUCAAGGUAGCAGAAAUUGAGAGAUCAUUGGAGAAUAAGCCUCAGGAAGGCGAAGGAUUGGAUUUGCAAGAUUGGCCUACAGUGCACUUGGAUAACGGAAGAAAAUUAAAGGCUCGCUUAUUGAUUGGUGCUGAUGGUAUCAAUAGUCCUGUGCGUAGCUUUGCUCAUAUUGAUUCGCUCGGUUGGGAUUACGAUGCGCAUGGUGUGGUCGCUACAUUGAAGCUGGAUCCUGAGCGUCCCAACAACACUGCCUGGCAACGAUUCUUACCAACAGGUCCCAUUGCUCUGCUUCCUUUGAACGAUGAAUACGCCUCCAUGGUGUGGUCCACCAAGCCAGCCAUUGCCAAAGCACUCAAGAACGUAUCCGCCAAGGAUUUCUGCAACCUAGUCAAUGCAGCCUACAGAAUGUCCCAUGUGGAUCUCAACUACCUGUACAAACAAAUUGACCCCAUCACAUUUGAAUCAAAAUGCGAUAUACAAGAGGACUACCUUUGGAGAGAAAGUGUCGCAAAGAAAUCACUGAAUGAUCAACAGGUGUUGGACAGAGAAUAUUCACUGCCACCUCAAGUGAUUGACGUGCAAGACAAAUCAAGAGCUUCUUUUCCUUUCAGAUUGAGAAAUUCGGAGCGUUAUGUGGCUGAACGUGUUGCUCUUGUGGGCGAUGCUGCUCACGCUACUCAUCCCCUUGCUGGUCAGGGCCUAAACCAAGGCUUGCUUGAUGUCGAAUGUCUCUCUCAGUUACUGGAAAGAGGCACAGUGGAAGGACAAGAUAUUGGUAGUAUUCAUUUAUUGAGACAGUACGCAUCUGAGAGAUAUUUGCGCAACAUCAUGAUGAUUAGCUCCUGCGACAAGCUGCAUCGCUUGUUCUCUACAGACGCUGCUCCAGUUGCUUGGAUCCGUUCCAUUGGUCUGAAUGCUGUAGAUAAUCUGGAUUUCGUCAAGGCUGAGAUCAUGAAAUAUGCGAUGGGCAUAGAAUACACUGGCGAAUUCAGACACUGA